UCGCGGUCGGGCGAGGCGAGAUCUUGCUCCGUUCCUCGUGAAGCUCUUCCCACCGAAUCACACCGAAUCAAACACACAAAGAUCGUAUGAUCGUAUUUGCGGAUGAAAUUUUGUUUAAGUUUAUCUACUUUUUAGCCUGUAAACCCUCGAUUUCUUGAUCAAACCCUAGUUUUUCGCUCAAUAUCCAGCCAUGGAUACUCGGUUCCCUUACUCUCCAGCGGACGUCGCCAAAGUCCGGACAGUGCAGUUUGGCAUCCUCAGCCCUGACGAAAUCCGGCAAAUGUCAGUCGUGCAGGUGGAGCACGGUGAGACGAUGGAGCGGGGAAAGCCGAAACCUGCCGGACUGAGCGACCCGCGUAUGGGUACCAUCGAUCGCAAGAUGAAGUGCGAAACUUGUAUGGCGAACAUGGCGGAGUGCCCCGGACACUUUGGCCAUCUUGAACUCGCGAAGCCUAUGUUCCAUAUUGGCUUCCUUAAGACAGUGCUGGCCAUUAUGCGAUGUGUGUGCUUCAAUUGCUCCAAGAUCCUAGCUGACGAGGAUGAUGCGAAGUUCAAGCAAGCAUUGAAAAUUAGGAAUCCAAAGAAUAGAUUGAAAAGAAUAUACGAUGCCUGCAAAAGCAAGAAGAAAUGUGCUGGUGGUGAUGAUAUUGAUGUUCAGGGUCAACAAGAUCUAGAUGAACCAAUAAAGAAGACUCGUAAUGGCUGUGGUGCUCAGCAACCAAAUAUUACUAUAGAUGGAAUGAAGAUGGUCGCAGAGUAUAAAGCUCCAAAAAAGAAGUCUGAUGAGCAAGAACAACUGCCAGAACCUGCUGAAAGAAAACAAAUCCUUUCUGCUGAGAGGGUUCUUAGCGUACUUAAGAGGAUAACAGAUGAUGAUUGCUUGCUACUGGGCCUGAACCCUAAGUUUGCUCGUCCGGAUUGGAUGAUACUGCAAGUUCUCCCUAUUCCCCCACCUCCUGUAAGACCUUCCGUGAUGAUGGAUACCUCUUCCAGAAGUGAAGAUGAUUUGACUCAUCAGUUGGCAAUGAUAAUUAGACACAAUGAGAAUUUGAGGCGUCAAGAGAGAAAUGGAGCUCCAGCUCACAUUAUUUCUGAAUUUGCUCAACUAUUGCAAUUUCACAUUGCCACAUAUUUUGAUAAUGAUCUUCCCGGUCAGCCUAGGGCUACACAAAGGUCAGGAAGACCCAUCAAAUCUAUAUGCAGCAGACUGAAGGCUAAGGAAGGCCGAAUUAGAGGUAACCUGAUGGGAAAGCGUGUUGACUUUUCAGCACGAACAGUCAUUACGCCUGAUCCAACAAUUAACAUUGAUCAGUUGGGGGUUCCUUGGAGCAUUGCUUUGAAUCUAACAUAUCCAGAAACUGUAACACCGUACAACAUUGAAAGAUUGAAAGAACUUGUGGAAUACGGGCCUCAUCCGCCUCCAGGGAAAACAGGGGCAAAGUAUAUUAUAAGAGAAGAUGGGCAAAGGCUUGAUCUUCGAUACUUGAAGAAAAGCAGUGAUCAUCAUCUGGAGCUUGGCUACAAGGUGGAACGCCAUCUAUGUGAUGGUGACUUUGUUCUUUUCAAUCGGCAGCCCAGUCUUCACAAAAUGUCCAUUAUGGGACAUCGCAUCAAGAUUAUGCCAUAUUCAACUUUUCGCUUGAAUCUGUCUGUAACGUCCCCAUAUAAUGCUGAUUUUGAUGGAGACGAGAUGAACAUGCAUGUUCCCCAAUCUUUUGAAACUAGGGCUGAAGUUAUGGAACUAAUGAUGGUGCCAAAGUGUAUCGUCUCACCUCAAUCAAAUCGUCCUGUUAUGGGUAUUGUCCAAGAUACUCUUUUAGGAUGUCGCAAGAUCACUAAACGGGAUACAUUUAUUGAAAAGGAUGUCUUCAUGAACAUUUUGAUGUGGUGGGAAGAUUUUGAUGGAAAGAUACCUGCUCCUGCUAUAUUAAAGCCAAGGCCACUGUGGACCGGAAAACAAGUUUUCAACCUCAUUAUCCCCAAGCAAAUAAAUCUUAUAAGAUUUUCAGCAUGGCAUGCAGAGUCAGAAGUUGGUUCUAUUACUCCAGGAGAUACACUUGUUCGGAUAGAGAAGGGAGAGCUUCUUUCUGGCACCCUUUGCAAAAAAACUCUUGGAACAUCUACUGGAAGCCUUAUUCAUGUCAUCUGGGAAGAAGUAGGCCCAGAUGCAGCUCGAAAAUUUUUGGGUCACACUCAAUGGCUUGUGAACUAUUGGCUAUUACAGAAUGCUUUUAGUAUUGGAAUCGGGGACACAAUUGCUGAUGCAGCAACUAUGGAAAAAAUCAAUGAAACAAUAUCAAAAGCUAAAAAUGAUGUCAAAGAACUGAUCAAGCUUGCACAGGAAAAACAACUGGAAGCAGAGCCUGGGCGAACCAUGAUGGAGUCUUUUGAGAAUAAAGUAAACCAGGUUUUGAAUAAAGCUCGUGAUGAUGCAGGGAGUAGUGCACAAAAGAGUUUGUCUGAAAGUAAUAAUCUGAAGGCCAUGGUUACUGCAGGAUCAAAGGGUAGUUUCAUUAACAUCUCACAGAUGACUGCCUGUGUGGGGCAGCAGAAUGUUGAGGGAAAGCGAAUUCCCUUUGGUUUCAAUGAGCGAACACUACCUCAUUUCACCAAAGAUGACUUUGGUCCUGAAAGUCGUGGGUUUGUUGAGAAUUCUUACCUCCGUGGCCUAACACCUCAAGAAUUUUUCUUUCAUGCUAUGGGUGGUAGGGAAGGUCUUAUUGAUACUGCUGUUAAGACAUCUGAGACAGGCUAUAUCCAACGUCGUCUUGUAAAGGCUAUGGAGGACAUUAUGGUUAAAUAUGAUGGUACUGUUAGAAAUUCACUGGGGGACGUUAUUCAGUUCUUAUAUGGAGAAGAUGGUAUGGAUGCUGUUUGGAUUGAAUCGCAGAAACUUGAUUCAUUGAAGAUGAAGAAAGCAGAGUUUGUUCAUGUUUUCAAAUAUGAGCUUGAUGAUGACAACUGGAAUCCUAGCUAUAUGCAACCUGAACAUGUGGAGGAUCUGAAAACUAUUCGUGAGUUUAGAAAUGUAUUUGAUGCAGAGGUUCAGAAAUUAGAAGCUGAUCGCUACCAACUUGGCACUGAGAUUGCUACUACUGGUGAUGUCACAAUGCCUAUGCCUGUGAAUCUCAAAAGGCUCAUCUGGAAUGCACAAAAGACAUUCAAGAUUGAUUUGAGGAGGCCAUCUGAUAUGCAUCCAAUGGAGAUUGUGGAAGCUAUUGAUAAACUGCAAGAGAGACUGAAAGUUGUUCCUGGAGAUGAUUUUUUGAGCAUGGAGGCCCAGAAAAAUGCUACUUUAUUAUUCAAUAUCUUACUUCGCAGUACAUUUGCCAGCAAACGGGUUCUGAAGGAAUAUAGACUAACUCGUGAGGCAUUUGAAUGGGUUAUUGGUGAAAUAGAAUCUCGGUUUCUUCAGUCAUUGGUAGCUCCAGGUGAAAUGAUUGGCUGUGUAGCUGCUCAAUCUAUUGGAGAACCAGCAACACAGAUGACCCUAAACACUUUCCAUUAUGCUGGUGUGAGUGCUAAGAAUGUCACUCUUGGUGUUCCCAGGUUGAGAGAAAUUAUUAAUGUUGCUAAGAAAAUUAAAACUCCUUCUCUCUCUGUUUAUUUGAAGCCUGAGGUUAAUAAAAAGAAAGAACUAGCAAAGAAUGUGCAAUGUGCAUUGGAAUACACAACAUUGCGCAGUGUAACACAUGCAACUGAGAUAUGGUAUGAUCCUGAUCCUAUGAGUACCAUUAUUGAAGAAGAUGUUGAUUUUGUCAAGUCAUAUUAUGAAAUGCCAGAUGAGGAUAUUGCUCCUGAAAAGAUAUCUCCUUGGUUGCUUCGCAUAGAACUGAACCGAGAGAUGAUGGUGGAUAAGAAGUUGAGCAUGGCAGACAUUGCAGAGAAGAUAAAUCGUGAAUUUGAUGACGAUUUAACAUGCAUCUUUAAUGAUGAUAAUGCAGAUAAGCUCAUCCUCCGUAUCCGUAUUAUGAACGAUGAUGCACCCAAAGGUGAAUUACAAGAUGAAUCUGCUGAGGAUGAUGUGUUCUUGAAGAAGAUAGAGAGCAAUAUGUUGACUGAAAUGGCUCUUCGGGGCAUUCCUGACAUCAAUAAGGUUUUUAUCAAAUCAGGAAAGAUAAAUAGAUUCGAUGAGAGUGAAGGCUUCAAAUCUGAUGUAGAGUGGAUGCUUGACACAGAAGGUGUUAAUCUCUUGGCUGUUAUCUGCCACGAAGAUGUUGAUGCAACGAGGACAACAAGUAAUCACUUAAUUGAAGUUAUUGAGAUUCUUGGAAUUGAGGCUGUUCGACGUUCGCUCUUGGAUGAGUUACGUGUGGUCAUAUCUUUUGAUGGGUCUUAUGUGAAUUAUCGUCAUUUGGCUAUUCUUUGUGACACAAUGACAUACAGAGGUCAUCUGAUGGCCAUCACAAGGCAUGGUAUCAAUAGGAAUGACACUGGGCCUAUGAUGAGAUGUUCAUUUGAGGAGACUGUUGAUAUCCUUCUUGAUGCAUCUGUUUUUGCUGAAGCAGACCAUCUCAGAGGGGUGACAGAAAAUAUUAUGCUUGGCCAGCUUGCUCCAAUCGGUACAGGGAGCUGUGCGCUAUACUUGAAUGAUCAGAUGUUGCAGCAGGCCAUUGAAUUGCAACUUCCUAGUUAUAUGGAUGGAGGACUUGAUUUUGGAAUGACACCAGCACGUUCACCUAUUUCUGGAACACCAUAUCAUGAAGGAAUGAUGUCGCCAAGUUACUUGCUGAGUCCAAAUAUUCGUGCUUCACCCAUUACAGAUGCUCAGUUUUCUCCUUAUGUUGGAGGCAUGGCUUUCUCCCCCAGUUCUUCGCCUGGCUAUAGCCCAUCAUCCCCAGGUUACAGUCCAUCAUCUCCUGGAUAUAGUCCCACUUCUCCAGGUUACAGUCCUACUUCUCCAGGGUAUAGUCCUACAUCUCCGGGCUACAGUCCAACUUCACCAACUUACAGUCCUAGUUCUCCUGGAUAUAGCCCUACAAGUCCUGCUUACUCUCCCACAAGCCCAUCAUAUUCUCCAACCUCUCCUAGUUACAGCCCCACCUCUCCUAGUUACAGCCCUACAUCUCCAACUUACAGCCCGACAUCACCCAGUUACAGCCCCACUUCUCCUAGUUACAGUCCUACUUCCCCAAGUUAUAGUCCUACCUCUCCGGCUUAUAGCCCAACAUCUCCAGCCUACAGUCCUACAUCGCCUGCGUAUAGCCCAACUUCACCUUCUUAUAGUCCAACCUCACCUUCCUAUAGCCCAACUUCGCCAUCAUACAGUCCGACCUCUCCUUCAUACAGUCCUACGUCGCCGGCGUAUAGCCCAACAUCUCCAGGUUACAGCCCUACUUCUCCCAGUUACAGUCCUACAUCUCCUUCCUACAGUCCCACAUCUCCUAGUUACAAUCCUUCAGCAAAAUACAGUCCUUCACUUGCAUACUCACCUAGCAGCCCAAGGUUGUCUCCCUCUAGCCCAUACGGUCAAUCGUCUCCAAAUUACAGUCCAACCUCACCAUCAUAUUCACCAACAUCUCCUUCAUACUCACCUGCAAGUCCGACCUACAGUCCCACCAGUCCUUACAGCUCUCGCACGGGCCCUGACUACAGUCCCAGUUCUCCACAAUUCAGUCCGAGUGCAGGCUACUCACCGACAUCGCCAGGUUACUCUCCGUCCUCCACCAGUCAGUACACUCCACAGAUGAGCAAUGACGAGAACAACGACGAAAGCAACCCCUGACGAGCAAUGAUGAGAACGACGACGAAAGCAACCCCUGAUGGAGUAAUAUGUGGCGUGCUUCUGCCAGGGACAUUACAAAUCAGGCAUUCAAAAAAAUGUUGAAAAAUACUACAUUGUAAAAUUUAGGGGCAAUAAGGUCAUGAUGCCUAGGCCUACCAGCUUUGUUGGUGACCUGAGUUCUUUAGUUCCAGUUAGUUCCCGUCCCGUGUUUGGAACAUUAGAUAUAUGGUUGUAUUGCCAUACUUGCAUGCUUUGAAUCCAACUGUUAAUUUGUACUUGUAACCAUGAGAAUUCUGUGACUUGUUUAUAGCUCUGAAUGAUC